GUAGUGGAAAUUAUGACCGAAAAAGAAUAUUACACAAUGAUAUACCUAUAAUAAUGCAAGUAGCAGAUUUCACCAAAGUAGAAAGCCGGUUUAUGUUAUGAAGGGGAACGUUUUCCGAGCAAGCAUUGUGAUGUGUCUACUUCCGGAUUUUCACUUUUCCUGCGAAGUUCUGUUUGAGGCUUUUUGUUGAACAGUGUUGUCACGUCUGUUUUUUUUAAUAACUGUCCAGUUAUUUGAUAUGAAGUAAAUGCAAAGGAGCCGUUAUGGGAUGGACGUAACCCAAGAGCACUUGUUUGAAUGUCUACCACUAGAUCUACACAUUGUUAUAACUCGAAGUCCUUCCAUCACUGCCUCAUUCGUCUGUGGGGAGGCUUGCGCUUUAUGAAAACUUACAUUUUUUAGAACAAUCAGCUUGUUUGCGCACAAUGCUUAUUACAGACCUACCGGAUGUUGUCCUUGUUAAGGUACUUUCAUACCUUGAAUGGGAAGAUAAACUUAUUCUAACAAGCGCCGUUCCUUCUAUAGAGAAUCACCUUAGAACGUCUGCUGCAUGGCCCUGUUUUGAGUUUGCACCUAGUGCUGUCACAAAGUCUGAUUACACCACGACUGCAGAAAACUGUGUGAAGGAAUAUGGACAGUUCUUUAGAACAUUUCGUUCUUUGACUUGCAUGGAGACCAACUCAGUGACAAAUGAACAUGCAAGUAUGUUUAAACUUGUCGGUGAAAACUGUCGUCAUCUGCGUGGUUUUCACAUGGAGCAAGGUAGUGAUGGCUUUUGUCAUGGACAACAUUCAACUUCAAACCGCGACAUGGAAGAAGCACUGACCAUAUUGACGACAUGUAAGGAUUUGAAGAAUGUAAGCCUGUUCCUCCCGUGCGAGACUGAGAUUCAGCCCAAACCCUUCCUGUUGCUUCAGCUGAUUAAUCUGGGUGUGACAAGCUUUGUCACAGCCUUAGAUUUGUCAAGUAUCAGUUGGACGAUGAGUGAAAGACAAAUGUCAAGUUUGCUUAAUUUUCCUAAUCUGAGAGAACUGAGUUUACAGAAAUGUAAUGUUGACUCGACCCUUGUUCUGGGUUUAGCCAAGCAGAGUUUGGUACAGCUAAACAUUUUCCAAGAAAAAGAAAUGUUUGAUGUUGACAUCUGCCAGCCUAAUGAUAAUGACUGGGAAAGGAUUCUAAAACUGAAACCAGACAUGAAAGUGAAUAUCACAUUUGAUGGAAUCAUACUUGUGAAAACUAUGUUUCCGUCCAGAGUACCACUGAAACAGCUAUCACUGAAUGAUAUAUCCAACAGUCUAACAAAGGGAAUGAUGGACCAUUUCACAAACAAUUACUGGAAUACACUGGAAGUAUUUAAGUACACAAAUCUCCUACAUGAACAAACUCGAACUUCAGAUACCAGACUUCCAUUUGCUUUGGUAAGCUUUGCAAAGAAAUGUUUAAAACUCCAAAGGAUACAUUUUGAUGUUCCUCUGUCAAGCACAACAGUAUUGUUAUUAGCGCAUGCAAGGAAGUUCCAAGAACUGCGAGUGAUAAGAGAUGAUGUGUCUUAUGAAUUUGACUGGAAGAGAGCAGAGAGCACAAUGACACCUGACUUUGUACAGUGGCUUAAAGAAAGUGGGCAAAAUGAAGCCCAGUUGGAAAAGGCUGUGUCAUCACUUCUGGGUUUUAAGUGGAAGUUAUGGAAUCUGCCUCUCAGUUUUUCCAACAAAUCAUUCUAAGAUUGUGUUCAUGCCUGGAUUGCCACUUAUCUUAUGACAAUUAUGAUCAUGAUGAUUAAAAUAUUUUCAAAAUA